AAGAACAUUCAGAGAGAGUGGAUUUCCAUACAUUCUUGCCCUAUUAACUGAAAACUAUGCGGAUUUGUUGGGGGUUUAUGUUGAAAAUGUUUAGGUAUACAUCUCGUUUGAAUAUAGCGCUCGUGAUCAUUUGCCUGGGCGCUGUUCUUUUUACGUGGAACCGUUGUCAAGUUGCGCAACUUGAAAGUCGCCCAGCGUUGUUGGUUGAUGAUCCGAGCACACGGCAAAUCAAAGGCGAAAAGUAUGAUCGAGAUAAAGCGAAACUCGGAUACGAUGAUGCCGGACUAGAAAACAAUGAAAACGAUGAAGACGGCACGAAAGAUGAGAGAGAUUCAGAACACAUAACUGGCAAGGAAUUGUCAUAUAAAAAUAUAGAAGUAUUAGUAAACGGUGAAACGAAGAUACAAGGCCACCUCGAAAACAAGGAGGUCUACAUUCCUUUUUCUUUUAUUAGGGAUUAUUUUGAAAUUGAGGGCAAAAUUGUUCGCGAUGAUUUCAAAAAACAGUUCCAUGUGCGUCACACUAGCUAUGAAUAUUUCACUCCAAACACCCACACCUAUGAACCAAACGGUAGUUUUUUGUGGUUUGUGAAUUAUAAUGUAGAGGGUCGAUCCAGGGUGAAGUGUAUAACAGGUGUAGAUGAGGUCCCUAUAUCCACCCAGUGGGGUGACCAGGGGUAUAGGUAUCCCAUACAGAUUGCUCAAUAUGGGCUGAGUCAUUUCAGUAUGUGGGUUGAGGGAGCAAAAGCGGCUGUUAAGGUUGUGGAUGAUUGUGAGAAUACUGGUAACCAGGAAUGGUCUGUCAGUGGACAAGGAGAAGUGAAGAAUGUGUACAGUGAGGAGAGGAAGUCUAGGGUAAUGGAGUUUAAUACAAAUGGCUCGCCCGAAGACUCCGUCACCUUAAACAUUGAAAGCUCCAGCAAAACAUACGUUCUCUCAUUUGACAUUUUAUUCAAAUCAUCUGGAUCCAUUUCCAUCGCACUCGAAGUGGACGACACUAAAGCAUACACACUUCUUUACGACACCAGCGAGACGCUUGUUGAGGUGCACAAACAACACAGCACAGCAACCUACGGUAUAGGGCCAACACGGGAAUGGCGAAGGAUUACACGAAAUUUGUGGAUAGAUUUGAACAAAGCCAUCGGGGAGAAAGGUCGAAAGAGGGACACUAAAAAACGGACCAAACUUCGUAUAACUGAGAUUCGAAGUGCAGCACUAAAAGGAGAAGGGUUGAUAGAUAAUAUUACUCUAAGGGAACAUGGUCACAGGGAUGCGUUCAUGGCCGCUGCAAAGUGGCUUUUGAAGAAUCAAGAUCAGAAAGGUGGGUGGCCCAUUCCAGUGAGACGAAAGAUCAAAACUGGAGUAGAAUUGGAUCCUGGUUGGUACUCAGCAAUGGCACAAGGCCAGGCCAUCUCUGUCUUAACAAGGGCCUAUCAUGUCACAAAAAAACCGCGUUUUCUUGCCGCUGCCAAACGGGCCAUAGGAUUAUUUCACGUAGAAUCAAAAAAACAUGGAAUCUUAGCUACUUUCAUGAAUAAAUACAGAUGGUACGAGGAGUAUCCGAUGACUCCACCACUCUUUGUUCUUAAUGGCUUCUUGUAUUCCCUUAUGGGACUGUAUGAUUUGAAGAUGACACUACCUUUGGAUCAAAGAGCUGAUGUUGAGAGGCUCUUCCAAGAUGGAAUGACGUCUCUAAGAGCGAUGAUCUUAAUGUACGAUAGCGGUUCUGGGACGAUAUACGAUUUAAGACACCUCACAAUGGGUGUCGAGCCGAAUCUUGCCCGGUGGGACUAUCACGCCACACAUGUGAAUCAACUGACUUGGGUUACAAUGAUAAAUAGUGAUCAGUUUUACAAAAAAGUUCUGGAACGCUGGAAGGGAUAUUUUAAAGGCAUCAGAGCAAAACAUAACUAAGAACAUGACUGGCGCGUUGCUUGCGGAAUUUGUGAUCUGGAAAAAGGUCAAAAUUAAAUAUUUGUUUUGCAAAAAAAAUUGUAUAUAUUAAUAUACAUCUAUAUAUAUAUUGUAUUUACCAUUCCCAAAAGAAAACACACAAUAAUAUUAACCUCAAAACAAAAACCUUUAUUAGAAUUGAAAAACCAUGACUAGUUCUUAAAACAGAAUAUAAA